AUGAAGUUCUUCCAAGAUUUACCUUUCGUUGUGUUUGUCGGUAACCCUGAUCUUUGCAUUAACAACGAGUGUCGUGCGAGCAAAAGUCUCGAAGGAAACAAAUCAAUAAGAAAUAUUAUCAUCUACACUCUCCUUGGUGUUAUUUUAACUUCUGCUGUUGUAACUUGUGGAGUUAUUUUGGCACUAAGGAUUCAAGGGGACAAUUCUUAUGGGAGAAAUAAUUUCGAUGAAGUUGAAAUGGAAUGGCCAUUCAUUCUAUUCCAGAAGUUUAACUUCAACAUCAACGACAUCGUGUCAAAGUUGUCGGAUUCAAAUAUCGUCAUAAAGGGUUGCUCGGACGUUGUUUACCGCGUAGAGACUCUGACGUUAUUACAGGUGAAUGUUGUAAAAGGCAUUUGA